UUUCUCCAGUGUCUGUGGGCCAUGGGGAGGGCAAAGCAACACCUACAGGAUGGAGCGGGCACCACUCACACCAAGCUCGCCCCCUGCCAUGUGAUGCCCAUAAAUUAACGUGGGCACAAUCUCCAUCUCUCUGUGUCCUUCUCCGUCAACCAGCGGACUUCAGAGUGGUGGGACCAAGGCAACCUCUCCUUGCCACCGUGGGGCAGGACGUCGUGCUGCCCUGUGACUUGUCGCCACGCAUGGAUGCUCGGAGCUUGGAGAUCAGGUGGAUCCGGCACCUGGUCUCUGAAACGGUGCACCUCUACCAACACGGAGAGGACCUGUAUGGAGAGCAGAUGAAGGAAUACGCUGGAAGGACAGAGUUGGCCAGAGAUGGUCUGUCCAGUGGGAGCCUGGACUUGCGAAUCUCUGAGUUGAGACCCUCUGAUGAUGGCCUGUACGUCUGCACUGUGCUAGAUGCUGCUACUUAUGCAGAAACUACAGUGGAGCUGGAGGUGGCAGCCUUGGGCUCUGUCCCUCUCCUCUCUCUGGAGGCUUACAAGGAUGGAGGCAUCCGGGUGGUGUGUCGAUCGGCCGGCUGGUACCCAUCACCAGAGGUGCUGUGGAAGGAUGGCAGUGGGCAGCAUCUCCCCUCAGUCUUCCAGAGUCGUUCCCCUGACGAGAGGGGCCUAUUUGAGAUCCAUGAUGUCACCGUUGUGAGCGGGAAGGGAGAUGGGAACGUGUCGUGCGUGGUGAGGAACAGCCGCCUGGAGCAGCAGCAGGCGUCGUCCCUGCACAUCUCAG